GGAGCUGUCAAUCAUUGUCGCAUUGCACACUCCAACAGCACAAUGCGCUUCUCAAUCAUCGGCCUGCUCCUGGGCAUUGUCACCUUCGUUUCGGCGUUGAGCGCUGAAGGGAGCAAGUUGCUGGUGGUCAUCGAUGAGGAUGCCGACAAGACACAGUACUCGCAAUUCUGGUCAGACCUCGCAGAACGAGGAUUCGACAUCAGCUACCGAUCGCCCAAAGACACCUCGCUGUCGCUCUUCCAACACGGCGUCCCCGCCUACUCGCAUCUCCUGCUUCUCCCCAGCAAGCUGAAGGCUCUCGGUCCCGCCCUCACGCCGAACCAAAUCGUCGAGUUCGUCAACCUCGGAUCGAAUGUCCUCCUCGCCCUCUCCUCCGAGCAAGCCGUGCCUGCGUCCAUCAGCAGCCUGCUCCUCGAACUCGACAUCUCCCUCCCCGCCGACCGCACGAGUCUCGUCGUCGAUCACUUUAACUACGAUUCGAAAACCGCCGCUGAGAAGCACGAUGUCCUGCUCCUUCCUUCGCCAUCGCCGAGCAAGCAAGAGGUCAAGAACUUCUUCAGCGUCGAUGGCUUGAUCGCCUUCCCACACGCAGUCGGACAGGUGCUGGGCAAUGCCUCUCCUCUGCUGGCAUCCAUCCUCAAAGCGCCGUCCACAGCAUACAUCUACAACCCCAAGGAGGACACCGAGGGUGUCGAAGACCCAUUCGCGACAGGUUCGCAGAUCAGCCUCGUCACUGCCUUCCAAGCCCGCAACAGUGCCCGCUUCACUGUGCUCGGUAGCGCAGAGUCCCUCCAAGACAAGUGGUUCGACGCUACAGUGCAGCUUCCAGGUAGCAAGAAGGCGGAGAAGAGCAGCAACAAGGCAUUUGCGCAAAAGGUGUCCGCUUGGACAUUCAAAGAGCUGGGUGUGCUGCAGGUCAAGACCAUCAAGCACUACUUGAACGAAGGCUCGCAAAAGGGCAUUGCCAACACCACAGAGGUCGCCGGCAUCGAUCUGAACCCCAGCAUCUACCGCAUCAAGAAUGAUGUGCAUUACGAGAUCGAGGUUGCAGAGUGGGAGAACGACCACUGGGCGCCUUUCCACCCACCAGCUGGUGAUCACCUGCAGUUGGAAUUCAGCAUGCUUUCGCCAUUCCACAGGCUGAACUUGCAAUCAAAGGGACAAACUGCCAACACUACCAUCUACCGGGCUGAGUUCAAGACGCCUGAUCAGCAUGGAAUCUUCAACUUCUUCGUCGAGUACAGGCGACCCUUUUUCACCAACCUGGAGGAGAAGCGCACAGUGACAGUACGACACUUCGCUCACGAUGAGUGGCCGCGAUCCUUCGUCAUCUCCGCAGCGUGGCCAUGGAUCUCUGGCAUUUGGGUCACUGUGGGAGGUUUUGUCGUCUUUGUGCUGGUCUGGUUAUACAGCAAGCCAGCUGACACCAAGGUCAAGACGCGGUAAACAUUUGCCAAGAUACUGAGAGAAAUAUGUAUCAAGAUAGAUAAAAAAGCACGUUUUCAACCUCAGUCGCCUUCGGGCAUUGCGCGACGAAUCGACUCGACCAUGCACGACUGCAGAGUAGUGAGAUUCUGACGGAGUCUUCGAGACGCCCGAGGCGCUGCAAAGACGGGUCGUGCAAAUUCUGGAUCCGUUGAGUCCCCGCCACAUAAAAACGCCUCGAAAGAAACGCUCACACCACCUGCCAAUAGCAACAAUAUUCAAGCCACAUAAAGACACAGCUACCUCAAUCAUUGGCCAGCAUCUUCUGCAUGUGCGUCUAGGCUCUAGCUACAAGCCGCAAGUGCAUGCAUAGAUGCCACGUGCGAUACCUGUCUGAGAAUCUUCUUCGCCGUGGUCUGGACCAGCUCUUGAGCACUCGAGAACGACAAAAAACUGAUUUGCCCUGCGAUCACUAGAAAACCUUCCAAUACCGAGAUCUACGCAUGCA